CAUAACUAGGACUUCUAGUAAAAACUUGGAUUAUAUUAUCUUCUAUUUCUUAUAUAAAUAUAGAAGAAGAUCAAAUCCUUGGGGAGAUUGAAAUUCAUUAAUUAAUUUUUUUACCUGAAAUCACAACACUUUUUUUUUUUCUUUAAUUCGUUAUUAGUAGUAAAAUAAGCUUUAUUUUCUCUUUUACUAAGAUAUUAUGAGCAAUAAUAUAAAUUUACAUAUAAUAGAAGGAAAACGUAUCCUUUGUACAGCUGAUGUUAGAGGAAACAUUUCUGAAUUGAAUAGACUAGCACGCGAAUUUAACGCGAACUAUAUCAUUCAUACCGGUGACUUCGGCUUCUAUGAUAGAUCAAGUCUUGAAAGAAUUGGUGAAAGGCCUCUUAAGCAUUGGAUCCAAUAUACCACAUUAAUACCACCACAAACACGUUCUCGCUUAUUACAACAAUCAGAAUCUAUUUACGAAACAUUAGCUCAGUCACCUGAAACUUUAUUAUCACAAUUUCCUGAUUUUUUAGCAGGUCAUAGACAGCUAGAGGUCCCCGUUUAUACAGUUUGGGGCGCCUGUGAAGAUGUUGCAAUUCUCGAAAAAUUUCGUCAAGGGGAAUAUCGUAUUAAUAAUCUCUUUAUACUGGAUGAAGCAUCUACUCAUGUUUUAGAUAUUGAAGGUAUCAGUUUACGUUUAUUUGGGUUAGGUGGUGCUGUUGUGCAACAUAAACUAUUUGAUAAUGGGGAAGGCACAGAUACAAUUGCAGGUGGAUUAGGCGUAAUGUGGACAACUGCUUUGCAAAUGGGUGAAUUAGUUGAAUUGGCACAAUCCGUGUAUGACCCUACAGAGACAAGAGUCUUAGUUACACAUGCUAGUCCUGGUCGUGAAGGACUUCUUGCUCAACUUGCAUUAACCUUACAAGCUGAUUUUACUAUCUCAGGUGGUCUUCAUUUCCGUUAUAAUAUUGCUUAUAAUGAAUUUGCUUGUCAGCCUGAACUAGAUCAUUUCCGUAAUCGUCUUAUCGAUUCUCAGCAACAAUUUAUGCAACUUUGGGAGGUUAUCAGGGACCAAGUAGAAGAAUCAGUGGAUGAUCAUCAAUAUACCUUACUAUGUCAUGCUUUAAAUGUCGUUAAUCGUGUCCCACCUUCAGUCGAAGAAUUAGAGCAAGCAAACGAACAUGUUAAUAUAAAACAACAAAAGGACUGGGAAAGAGAUGAGCUGGCAUUCAAGAAUAUGUGGCAUUUUAAUUUGCCUGAUGCUGCUUAUGGCUCCUUAGUCUUUCAAAUUCAUCAAGGUGUCAUCUCUUCUGAAAUGAAAUCUUAUGGCUUAAACUUUUCUUACCGUCGUAACAAUAAUCAGCAAAGACAAUCCCCAUCUUCAUCUUCAUCCUCAGCAGUUCUUGAUAAAUCAAAUACCAAUAUUCAACAACAACAACAACAACAACAACCAGUAGAAAAUACGGCUAAUAUUCGAAAGAGACAAAGUAUGCGUAACAAUAAUCAACUAACUGCUUAUGUAGGAGGAUUAUCAAAUACAACAAUGACAGAAGAAGAUAUUCGAGAGUACUUUGGUCAUGAAAAUAUAACAAAUGUUAAGUUCCCUAUUGAUCCUUCUACUCAGCUCCCUAAGCCUCAUUGCUAUGUUGAAUUCAGCAAUCAAUAUGCACUUGAACAAGCCUUAGCAAAGAAUGGAACUAUUUACCGUGAUAACAGAUUAAUUAUUAAUCGACCUAAUAAUACCAAUCGAAGCGGUAGAAGUAACCGUCAUAGUUAUUAUCGAGAUAGUCGAAUUAACUAUUAA